AACCGAGGUGAAAGAGCUGAAUAUAAAAGACAUAAGAGGAUAAUAAAAAAGGACAAAGUUUUGGACGCACCUGUGGGAUCCGGAGCCUCGGGGUUGUCCCCAUCAUGUCGCUCUCUGUGGGCCCCCCCUCCGGCCUCCUUCUUGUUCUGAUGUGCUGCCCCCUGCUGGGCCUCGUGCAGUCCGCAAGCAGCAACAAGGCGAGCGAUAACGCACACCCGCACCUUGGAGACUCAGACCCGGAGCGCUGCAUGAGGCACCACUUUGUGGAGACCAUCACACACCCCAUUUAUAAAUGCAACUCUAAGAUGGUGCUUCUGGCUCGCUGUGAGGGUCACUGCAGCCACACCACCCGCUCCGACCCCCUCAUCUCCUUCAGCUCGGUGCUCAAACAGCCCUUCAAGAGCACCUGCUCCUGCUGCCGGCCGCACACCUCCAAGCUGAAGGCGGUGAGGCUUCGCUGCGCUGGCGGAACCCGCAUCACUGCCACGUACAGAUACAUCCUCGCCUGCAACUGUGAGGAGUGCAGCUGAGCGGGAUGCAGCAACCCCGUCCUCCAAGACACUCCAAAGAACCAAGAUCCUGUUGGCCCCGAGCCGGACUCUAACGCUUUCCAGAGGUUUGAAUAUUGGAUCAGAAAACUCAACAUGCUUGUUGUUUUCUUGGAGAGACAGUUUGGAGCGCUCGUUCCUCUCUCUCUUACACUCAAACAGAACACGAUCCCCUCUUCCUUUUUGUGCUUUCAAUCAGGACGAAGCCUUCUCUCCAGGCCAGACACCACAAACUGCUGCUCCCGGGGGGCUUUUCACAGUGGAGACGCUCAUUACAGGCCUCAGUAAUUCAUAGCACACAUGCUCCCAAACCACAGUACCAGAGGUUGUUACUGUGAGCGCUUUCUGCCUGCAGCUCCAUAAAAACACCCGCUGAGUAUAUGACAACCAAACAACACGGCUCGUUUAAAAAGCUGGGACGAGGCUGGGCGAGGACAACACAUGUGGAGGAUCUGCAGAGAAACACCUGUGCCGCGUUUACUUACCCAAUAACGUUUUACACGCUCCCUGCAGACUCUUAUCAGGACGUGUAAAAAAAGUGAGCGAGGCCAACGGGAGAGCUCGUUGGGUGGACGAUAAACGAGACGAGACGGACGCCGUAAACGGAGCUCAGAGGACGAAAGGAGGACGGGGUUAAGGACUGACGGAGUGUGGAGGCGAUCAGUGUUCAUGUUCAGUGUAAUCUACUUUAUUGAAACCGUAGCUUCUAUCGCUUCUGCCUGUCGUGAUGACGUGUUUGAUGUUGUGACACUUUUGUCCAAACUGUUCUGUGAAGCUCCACCUUCAUUUGUAACUCCUGCAAACAGCUUCCUCACACUGCACCGUCAUAAACACAGAAUAUAUAUAUCAUUCAGACUGUAUGUGUGUGUCAGGUCAUAGAACGGUUUAUCUGAAAUAAAAAAACAAGCUACUCAGUCCCAGUCUACCAAUUAAGGGUCUUCCUGUCCAGGGGCGUGUCCAGAUUUUUUAACUGGGGUGGCCCACUUGGGUGGCCUGACGUUUGUGGUCACAUGCAACUGAAUUUAUUAUUUUUUUUUACCCCUUCUAUACCCACAAAUUAUAUGUACUUGUAAGAAACACAAUUUGGCAACAUAUAAAUCUUCUUAGCUCGAUUCUUUAGGGACUAAAAAGCAAAGAUGAGUGUGCAAAGUCACAAUUUUAAGUACCGUAAAAUCCGGAAUAAAAGUUGCACCGGUAUAUAAGACGCACCCUGUUUUGAAGGUCUCUUAGAGAGAAAUAAAAAGUUUAAACUGUUUUCCUGCAUUACAAUUUAUAUUGUGUUCAGCGAUGUCUACAACGUGCAGUUUCUGUGCAGCUGUGUCGCUCUUUUAGUUCCGUCUGUUUUCACUUUCGGGAGUUUGCACUCCUACUUGCUACAGUACGGUAGUUGAGCUCUCAGCCUGCAGUGAAAGUUGUGAGGCACAGACUCCUAGCUUGUCGCGCUGCCCGACUCCGCUGGUCUCUCUUUAACUGUAAUAUAGGACUCUUUAAAUCAAAAGAGCACUCCACAAUGUUUAUUUACGGAACAAUGUACCACUGUUUUCUGUAAAUGCAUGAUUAUGACCUCGUGAGGGAGAAAAUAUGUGAAAAAAGUUGCGCAGCCAGUCGUCUUUUCCAGCACAGCGUGCAACCAGCUUUCAAUACACAAUGAAUGGGGGGUUUUUAAUCGCAUCAGG